CUCAGUAUGUGCGUAACCGGUUGCUCUUGUGUGUGCGUAAAGUGUCCGUGAUUGGUGUUCCAAUAUUUUUAAGCGCGUUUCAUCCCAUUGUUAUAAAGAAGAAAAAUUAGUUCAAAAUUUAAAAUAUUUGAAUAAUAAUUGCUGAUAUCAACUAUGAAUAGCCAACAGUAUAUCGAGUUAACGGAGAAACUUUUUUCAAAUAAUUGACAAAUGGGACCGACUGCGAUGGCGGAGACGAACGGCGUCGCCAACACUACGGACAACAAGAAAAAGAGUAACUCGAUCCGGAGGUUAUUGACUCCGGCUAUAUUUACAGUAGGCGAUGUCCAAAAGCACAAGAUCAACAACGGCAAUAACAACAAACACGAACCGCCGACAGCACGACACAAGACUAUCAUAGAGACGGCGUUUGUCAACAAUAGCAACGCGGCAGCUUACGGACGCAUACCGCAGUAUCAACAGCGGCAACAAACACAAAGGGCCGCCGACGUGACAGAUUUCCGGUCGCGAAGUGUGAGUCCAGGAUCCUUCGACCGAGAUGUGAACGCCAAUUUGUACGGUCAACGGCGAAUAGACAGCACGUGCUCUUUGCAAUCGGCUAUUUCCGAAGACAGCAGACAAUCGGGUCGGCGGUCUGCGCCCAUCAUACCAUAUUCGCAGUAUUACAACAACCGUGCCGCCGAUAACAGGUUGUUGAUGCCGGUAAGCGCUCAGGUUAAAAUAUCUGUUCCUCCACAACCAAGUAACGUCGUCCGGCAGCACCCCGUGCAUACCGUCUACGGUAAUAUACCCGCGACUACUCCUCAGAGCAACAACCAUUUCGUGCGAGGCUCGCCGCAAAGAGCUACAAUUGGUUGUGUGCGCGAAUCGCCUUCCAGACAGUCGACAAUUUACGAGGAAGACGAUGAUAACAACGGUGUUCGGCGGUCGGACGAAAAACGGUUUCAGCCGAUUUUCAAAAGAGGUACCCUACAACCGGAACUUCCAUCACCGACCGCUGUUAACUCGGUGCCAGCCAGUCCUAAAAGAGUGAGUUUCUCGCCACAGCCUACGGGCCAACCGUCGGAACCAAUUUAUUGGCCGACAAAAAAAGGUCUUUCACCGCAGCCUCCUACGAGAAGCCGAUCGUCGGGCACCGAUUCGUCGACGAACGUCAUCGAACGACCAUUGCCACCCGUUCCCAGAAGAAGUCCGUCUACUGCUGUUUAUGGAACUGUACGCAAUCAGCAACAACAACAGCAGAGAUGGUGGCCACCUCAAUAUCAACAAUCGGCAGGUUCAGAAUCAGGCAGUGAAGCUGGUGAAAUACAACGCAUCAUGAAUUCUACGCCCAAAAACGGCAUUGUAUUUGGUGAGGAUGAUUGGAGUGAUAGCAAGACAAAGGGUUCUACCGAACAACCCGGUGACGAGCUUCGUCGAGGUAGAUCUGCUAAAAGAGAUGAUCCUCGAAGACAUACAUUAUCCGGUGACCAACAUCAUAAUUAUCAACCAGCUCUUACAAGAUCUAUGGAUUUAGAAAUGGGAACAAAAAUGCAACGAAAAAAAUCACCUGCAUCUAGAGGAGCAUAUCCUCCAACAACGGGAAUGCUGUUUGAUGAUGAUCCUGGUAUUAUGUCUGAGGUAGAAACUAGUUCUACUGGAUUCAGAAGAGGUAACAAACAGAGGAGCUCAUUACCAGUGGUCAGAACUCCUUCAAAAACAUUGGAACGACCUUUAGGUUUUCCGGUGUUGAAUGAGGAAAUGGAAUUUCAUAAUGUGGUGGUGACUUACCCUCGUCAAAGUUUAGGCUUAGUAUUUCUUCAAUACCGAAGUGAAACAAAACGAGCUCUGCUUCCUAACGAGAUUACAUCCAUUGACACAGUAAAAGCGUUAUUUGUGAGGUCCUUUCCGAAACAGCUAACAAUGGAAUACAUGGAUUCUGCUUUAGUAAAAAUCUACAUACACGACUCGUCUAAGGAUAUGUUUUAUGAGUUGGAAGAUCUUAGGUCACAUUUGAAUGAUAUCCGAGACAGGUCGGUAUUACGACUUUUUGAAUCUGCCGAGGGAGGUUCUUUACCACAAGGAUUAACGGUAGCAGCACCCACUUGGGAUCAAGAUCAGUCCUAUUUCAGUGAACCUGAAUUUGACUCUGAAUAUCAACACCAGCACAUACAUAAAACUAAGGGAAGUAAAAUCACAAGUGGUGGCGUACCGGGACAACCAUAUUACAUGACACACCAAUUUCCACCAGGAACGUCGGCCACGUUACCCAACAGAGGCCGUCCUCCUACAGGAUCCAUUCCGGCUAGAACCUAUUCACCAGCUGUUCCAUCAUCGGCUGUCAACAAGCCGUCAGGGUAUAUGUCUUCUCCGGAAAGAGCUGGAUCUAGGACUGGUUACACAGUACCUCCAUACAUGUCACCAGGGGGAUCGUCGUUUGAUGAAAAUUCUUAUUACGGUUACGGCCCACGGACAGGGUCUAUAACUCCUGUUAUUGACGAAGAAACCAGUGACAACGAGCUAAUGGAAGAUCCGUUUUCUUUGUACCCUGUGAAAACACCAAUUUCCAAGCGACCGCCAACUUACGGCACUUCGCCUACCGUUCCUUAUGAUGCUACCAGAUUAAGAGUGGAAAAUAUGGAAAGACAAAUUGCCAACUUAACGGGUCUUGUACAAAAAGCUCUGGUUCAUGGUCCCGUUGUUGCUCAGCCGUUCAGAAGUGCUAGUGAUGAGUUCGAUAAGGUAUCCAGCGGAAGCUCCACAUCAUUAGGAGAGGAACCAUACAAGCGAUCUGAUACAAAACCUCCUAAACUUGGACGAGACAAGUCGGUGUCAUUCGAGAAAUCCGUUUCGUUCAGUGAUGAGCCACCAGACAUGAAUUCACCGAAACAACACUCGCCUCAGAGCUCUGCGGACACGAAGCCUGCAAAGCCGGCGAUUAAGUCGUCAACGCUGCCUAGAACGGCGUCACAAGAAAAAGAUCGAUUCAAACCCCAACCUCCACCUAAAUCUUCUGGUGUACCCGAAAAAUACGACAACCGACAUUUGUACAGUGAUUUACAACUCACGCCGGAAAUGUAUAAUCAACUUAGAGUAUUACAAAAAAAAGCAAAAGACCUGCGGCAAGAAGCGCGAAAUUUAAGGAGAAUGUCCCAAGCCCAGGCUCAUACAAUUAGAGAAACAAUUAAAGACACAUUUAUAAAAAUAAGAGCGUUGAUUGCUUCUGGUGCCAAUCAAGCGUGGAAUGAAUCAGGAUCCAAAGAGAGAGCUCUUGUGGACAGGGAAGAAGAUAUUUACAAACAAGAAAUCAUCAGGCUAGAAACCGACUUAACAGAACUCGAAAGCACAGUCGAGGAAUUGCGAGGUAACGUAAUAAACAAGAAAUCUCGAGUAAAUAUGUCAGACGUCGAGAACAUGGCACUUGUACUAAGUAAAUCAAGCAAAACAGUUGCCGAACUCAAGAUGAGGUUCCCGAGUUUACAAGAAUCGAUCAGAAAUGUAUUAACAAAAGAAAUGGAUAGAGCUCUUUCCGAAGAAAAGUUUCUCAAAGAAGAACCCGAUCGAUUGGAAAGUGCUCUAAAAAGGUGUAAAAAGUUGACAGGAACACUUGUUACCCUCAAAAGGUUGGCAUCUGUUCAAGAACAACGAUUACCUGACCCCAGGGUGUCGCCAACCAAUGAAGACACACCGCCAAUCACUCCUACUUCGUCCGCAAAGGGGAGUGUCGUGGACCAGGACGGACCCGGAACCGCUACAACCGUCGGCAUUGGAAAACGCGAAUCAGCAGGUGCGGAGAACGCACUCAACACUUUGUUAGAUGAACUGCAGACUACAUCGGCGGCGGAGACGGCGGCGUCAACGUUGCCUAGACCGGUGUUACGGCGAUUGAGCAGUACUUCAUCCGAUGCCAAGCCGCCCGUGCCCGAGCGAACGCCUGAUUUGCAAAACAAACGAAUGCCUCCACCCCCGCCACCCCGAACUAGUUCAAAGUCGCCGGUAGCGUCGCCAACCACCGGUGUCAUACCGACAACUUCCCCUAGGGGCUCCUUGUCGUCCACAGCCUCGGGCAGCCCCCCUAGCCGCAAAGGAUCUCUGGCCAGUGUCUCCACGACGACGAGCAGCAGUAGCGGUGGCGGCGGCGGUAGCGGCAAAUUACCGUUGCCGGAACCAGUGGCCAACAGUGGACCUUCGAGACAGGAACAACUUGAGCAGCGACAUCAGGAACUGUUGAAAAAACAGAAGGCACUUCAAGAACAGUACAUGCGCUUGCAACAGUUACAACGUAGUCAGCUGCCACCGGAUUUAUUACAACUAAAGAAGACGGGAAGCGAAGGCAAUCUUUUAGUUAAGAUGGGACUAGCUAUGAGUGCCGCUGCUCCCAUGUCGGGCUCGCUGACUCAACUGGCGUCUCAGUCAUCGGUGGACACCGACAAAAACGACACCACUUCCACCGUCACCGGUGGGCAACAGCCAGCCGCUUCCGCCGCCGCCACCGCUAACACAUCCACAACAACGUCCAUCAAUAAAGUGUACGAAACUGAUAUCAUAUGACCGACAACGGACGUCUAAUUUCAUAAUGAAUGAACGAUUAGCAUACAAGUUUAGACAUUUUUUUAUUUAAUUUAACUGUAUUUUUUUUGUUCCUAUUUAUAGUUUACCUGAACACAUUGACAUAGCCAUGAUUUUUAUUUUUUUGGUUAGUAUUAUUAAUUUUGUGUUUUUAUGGUAUUGUUUCGACAGGGAUAACGGUUAAAUACCUAAUUUUGAAUUUUGGCGCUAUUAAAUUGUGUAUGUAUAAUAUAUAUUACAUAAAUAACGAAUUAUGUUAUAUUUUAGAGUUUUUUUUA